CUUUUUGUCCUCGCUGCUGUGGUCAGGCUUGUUAGCUGCCAGACCACAGCCAGCGUUGAUACUGGUAGCCUCGACCAGUCAACAAAGGACUCGUGGUGUCAAUCGCAAACCUCAUCUUGCCCGCUCAUCUGUCUACAGCUCCCUGGAGCAACGGGAAACACCAAGGAGAACAGUUGCAACGCAAAAACCCUCGACUACAGCUGUGUCUGUAGUAACGGCUUGUCUCCCAAUGCUUCUCAGUAUUCCUUGACCAUUCCAUACUUCCUCUGCACGGAAGCGAACAACGAAUGCGUGAAUAACUGCAAUGGCGGGGAUUCUUCGUGCCAGUCUGCCUGUCGCACUAAGAAUCCUUGCGGAGCCCAGAACCCCAAGCGUGUCAAUACUACAGCCUCUGCGACUCCUACUGCAACCAGCUCCGCCUCUGCUACCGAUGUUGUUUACAACGGCUUUGGGGCUACGUCGACUGGUAGUUCUGAAAAAGGAAUGGCUUCAAAAGCCCUGGCUAUCAACCUUGGCCAGGUCUAUGGGCUUUUCGUCGUUAUGGGUGGAUUCCUUGUCGGUUUUACAACGCUGCUGUAG